AUGUCGCUCGUCUCAGGCGAGAAGACGAACUUCCAGUUCAUCUUGCGUCUCCUCAACACGAACGUCGAUGGCAAGGAGAAGGUUAUGUACGCCAUGACCCGAAUCAAGGGUGUUGGUCGACGAUACUCCAACUUAGUCUGCAAGAAGGCCGAUGUCGACCUGAACAAGCGUGCCGGUGAACUCACCUCCGAAGAGCUUGAGCGAAUUGUCACCAUCCUCCAAAACCCUACCCAGUACAAGAUCCCCGCCUGGUUCCUUAACCGACAGCGCGAUAUCACCGAUGGCAAGAGCUCGCAGAUCCUGGCGAACGGUGUCGACUCUAAGCUCCGUGAAGAUCUCGAGCGCCUAAAGAAGAUCCGCGCUCACCGUGGUCUCCGACACUACUGGGGCCUCCGUGUCCGCGGUCAGCACACCAAGACUACCGGUCGUCGCGGCCGGACUGUCGGUGUCUCCAAGAAGAAGGGUGGUUAA